AUGAGUGUCAGGGUAUUCUACUGUCAGACAUUCAUCCCCACAGCCUGUCUCCUCGCUCCUCCUUCCUCCUGUGCUAUCCUAGAAUCCAGGACCCCGGCAACAAUGCCUCUGUUGAAACUUGCAGCUGAAGAAAAACAAAUUGAUGAUGCAUUACGUAGCUUUGCUGAAAAAGUAUUCGCCUCUGAAGUCAAAGAUGAGGGAGGCCGUCAUGAGAUUUCCCCCUUUGAUGUGGAUGAAAUCUGCCCAAUUUCUCAUCAGGAGAUGCAAAAACACAUAUUCCACCUGGAGGCCAUGGCCACCUCUAUAGAAGGCAGGAGAAAAAAACGUUUCCAUGAACGGAAGACUGUUAAUUUGUCCAUUCCCCAAUGUGAAACAUCAUCCACCAAACUGUCCCACAUCAACGAAUACAUUUCUUCAUCUCCAACAUACCAGACCGUGCCUGAUUUCCAGAGAGUGCAGAUCACCGGCGAUUAUGCCUCGGGGGUUACAGUUGAAGACUUCGAAAUGGUCUGCAAAGGUCUAUACAGGGCAUUGUGUAUACGGGAGAAGUAUAUGCAGAAGUCAUUUCAGAGGUUCCCUAAAACCCCUUCCAAGUACCUGAGGAACAUUGAGGGUGAGGCUUGGGUUGCAAAUGAGAGCUUCUACCCAGUCUUUACCCCUCCUGUGAAGAAAGGAGAAGACCCCUUCCGAACAGAUGACCUCUUGGAAAACCUUGGUUAUCACCUCAAAAUGAAGGACGGCAUAGUUUACGUCUAUCCUGAUGAGGUGGCCGCCAGCAAAGAUGAGCCCAAGCCACUUCCUUAUCUAAAUAUGGACAGCUUCUUAGAUGAUAUGAAUUUUUUACUUGCUUUAAUUGCCCAAGGACCUGUUAAAACCUAUACCCAUCGACGCCUGAAGUUCCUCUCCUCCAAGUUCCAGGUGCAUGAGAUGCUCAACGAGAUGGAUGAGUUAAAGGAGCUGAAGAACAACGCCCACCGAGAUUUUUAUAAUUGCAGGAAGGUGGACACCCACAUCCAUGCGGCUGCUUGCAUGAAUCAGAAACAUCUGCUCCGCUUUAUUAAGAAAUCUUACCAGACUGAUGCUGACAGAGUGGUCCAUAGCACCAAGGAGAAAAAUCUGACCCUAAAGGAACUUUUUGCCAAAUUAAAAAUGCAUCCCUAUGACCUGACUGUUGAUUCUCUGGAUGUUCAUGCUGGACGCCAGACCUUCCAGCGUUUUGAUAAGUUCAAUGACAAAUACAAUCCUGUAGGAGCAAGUGAGCUACGAGACCUCUACCUAAAGACAGACAAUUAUAUUGAUGGAGAAUAUUUUGCUACUAUCAUCAAGGAGGUAGGCACGGACCUGGUGGAGGCGAAGUACCAGCACGCAGAGCCUCGCCUGUCAAUCUAUGGCCGCAGCCUUGAUGAGUGGAGCAAACUGUCCAGCUGGUUCGUCCGUAACCGCAUCUACUGCCCCAACAUGACGUGGAUGAUCCAGGUCCCCAGGAUCUAUGAUGUGUUUCGAUCUAAGAAUUUCCUUCCACACUUCGGAAAGAUGCUGGAGAAUGUUUUCAUGCCAGUGUUUGAGGCCACCAUCAACCCCCAGGCUCACCCUGACCUCAGUGUCUUCCUCAAGCAUAUUACUGGCUUCGACAGUGUGGACGAUGAGUCCAAACACAGUGGCCACAUGUUCUCUUCCAAGAGCCCCAAGCCCCAGGAGUGGACAAUGGAAAAGAAUCCCUCUUACACCUACUAUGCCUACUACAUGUAUGCGAACAUCGCGGUGCUCAACAGCCUGAGAAAGGAACGAGGCAUGAAUACGUUCCUGUUCCGACCUCACUGCGGGGAAGCGGGGGCUCUCACCCAUCUCAUGACAGCAUUCAUGACAGCAGAUAAUAUCUCCCAUGGCCUGAAUUUAAAAAAGAGUCCUGUGUUACAGUACUUGUUUUUCUUAGCCCAGAUUCCCAUCGCUAUGUCGCCAUUAAGUAACAACAGCUUAUUUCUAGAAUAUGCCAAAAAUCCUUUUUUAGAUUUCCUUCAGAAGGGACUAAUGAUCUCGCUGUCGACAGAUGACCCAAUGCAAUUCCACUUCACCAAGGAGCCCCUAAUGGAAGAAUAUGCCAUUGCUGCACAAGUGUUCAAGCUGAGUACCUGUGAUAUGUGUGAAGUGGCAAGAAACAGUGUUCUGCAAUGUGGAAUUUCUCAUGAGGAGAAAGCAAGGUUUCUGGGCAACAAUUACCUUGAGGACGGCCCUAUUGGAAAUGACAUCCAGAGGACAAAUGUUGCCCAAAUCCGCAUGGCCUAUCGCUAUGAAACCUGGUGUUAUGAACUCAAUUUAAUUGCUGAGGGCCUUAAAUCAGGAGACUAA